AGUGAAUUUGAGAAGCUUGAGGAUUCAACAAAGCCAGAGAUCAAACGGUGCAACCUCUCUAAUGUUAUUUUGCAGCUCAAGGCUUUAGGUGUUGAUGAUAUUAUAGGAUUUGAUUUCCUGGAAAAACCAUCAAGGGCAGCUAUUCAAAAAUUGUUGGAGGAGCUGUUUCUGCUGGGUGCUUUGACAGAUGACUGUACGUUGUCGGAUCCUGUUGGGCAUCAAAUGGCUUGGCUUCCCUUAGACCCUGUUUAUUCCAAAGCUCUCAUCCUUGCUAAUCAGUUCAACUGCUUGGAAGAAAUGUUGAUAGCUGUUUCAAUGCUCUCUGUGGAAUUUAUUUUUUAUAAUCCUUGUGAGAAGUCAGAAGAGUGGCCAACUACUGAUUUGGUGGACUUGGUGAACAACAACACUCAAGCAUUUUGGCUGGAUGAAAUGACAUUAAUGCAAUCAGAAUAUAGCAAAAAUGUAUUUCAUAAAGGUUAUUGGCAAUCAUCUUCUCUUUCCACCUACAACAUUUUUGAGCAUUUGGAUCACUACAGAUCAAGAUAUGACUAAAAUACUGAGUAGUGGACGUGGUGAAUAGUUCUCAAGCUCUUGUCUAGAUGAAAUAUCAUUGCAAAUAUCAAAAUUUGAGCAGUUAGUUCUUAUGAAAGUUGUUAGAAAUUGUUUUAUCUUUCCACCCACCAAAUUUGACAUCAUUUUGCCUUCUAGAACUCCAACUAUGGAUAAAAUGACAUCAGAUUUGGUAGGUGGAAAGAUAAGAUAAUUUCCAACAACUUUCAUAAGGACCACCUACUCAAAUUCUGAUAUUUGCAGUGACAUUUUAUCUAGACAAGGGCUUGAGGUCUACUCAUCACGUCCAUCAAAAGCGCUACUCAGUAUGUUAGUCAUAUCUUGAUCUGUAGUGAUUCAAAUACUCAGAAAUGUUGUGGGUGGAAAAAGAAGAU